GCAUUAGCGGUUUAAUCCUGUUCACAGUGAGUCUGCGUCCUGCUUCAUGUCUUCCUGGUUUUAACUCAACAGCUGCCGCCUGCAGCUUCAUUCUGUCAACACUUCGCCCUGUUCGUCUCAGCAUUCGGACGUUCUGUUCUGCAUGAUGAUUAUGGAUAAUUUUAUCUUCCGCUUGUCCUGCUGACCGCGAUAGUCUCUGCCGCAGGCAAACCUGAGACGUUGAUUUGGGGUGUUUCUCACUGACCUGACUGGAAGCUUCCAACAUACUGCUGCAGACAGACUUCUGAUUGGGUUGUUCAGAAAUGGGCUUUGCGGAGGACCUAUGGUGUCCUCAGGGUCACGCAGCCCUCAUGAAGCUACAAGACUCUGAGCUGCGUCUGAUGGAGGUCAUGAAGAAGUGGAUGAUGCAGAGAGCCAAGAGCGACCGCGAGUUCUCCAUGCAGCUGCACCAGAUGUCAGCCAUGGUGGAGAAGAUGGAGGGAACUCAGCCUGGAGGAGGACUCAACUACAUCAGCCAGUUCAACAAGUCGUGGAACGUGCUGGUCAGUCAGACGGAGAGCCUCAGUCGUAUUAUGCGCAAACAUUCAGACGAUCUGAUGGUGGGACCCCUCAGUAAACUCACCCUCCUCAUCCGGGACAAACAGCAGCUGAGGAAGACUUACGGGGAACAGUGGACGCUUCUCAACCAGGACAUGUGCAGGGUCACCCAAACCGAGCUGGACAGGCUCAAAUCCAGUUACAGACAGCUGGUACGGGACGCGACCUAUGCCAAAAAAAAAUACCAGGAAGCAAGCAAAGACAGAGAACGUGACAAAGCGAAGGAGCGCUUCAUCAAAGCCACCCUGAAACUGCAUGAACACCACAAUGAGUAUGUGCUGUCAGUGAAAGCUGCGCAGGUUCAUCACCAGCUCCACUACGGCCAAUCACAGCCUGCGCUGCUCGGAGCCUUACAGACACUGCAGGAGGAAAUGGUGCUAAUUCUGAAAGAGAUUCUGCAGGAGUAUUUUGAUCUGUCGAGUUUGAUUCAGGAUGAGGUAGUGAGUGUUCACACUGAAAUGGCCAAUGCCCUGAAGGCCAUCCAGCCGCACAAAGAGUACGACAACUUCAUUCAGCAAAACAGGUCACGAGGAGAGGUUCCUGCAUGUGUGGAGUUUGACUGCAGUCUGCUGGAAGAGGCUGACGCUCUGGAGCCUGAAGAUCUGCAGCUCAAUGAGCUCACAGUAGAGGGAAUCCAGCAUCGGCUCACGGCUGUGGAGGAGGAGCUCUUGGGUCUGGCCAGUACUCUGAGUUCGCAGCAGGCCACUGUAAACCAGCUGGAGUUGGAUCUGCAGGAUGAGGAGAGAUCUGCGAACAUAGGGCAAAGGGUUUAUCAGUUCAGUAAACGUAACGCUCUGGAGGACAGCAGGCAGCAGGUGGUUCUGUCUAUGGUGGUUCGAGCUCGUCUGGAGGCCCAGCGGAGGCUUCUGGCAGAUAAACUUCAGUGUCUUGGCACUAAUGAGCUUCCUUCUUUAGGCCUGGAUGAUGAUCGGAUAUCUCUGACCUCCAGCAAUUCAGAGCGUGACAAAGACCACAAGCACCUGAACAUUGAUGUAAUCAGGAAUCACCUGAGCAGCCUGUUCAAGCCCAAAUACACGAGUAGUGUGUUUUAUACACCUCAACAGGUUCCCCCAGCCUUGACACCAGUGCCCGACGUGGAGAAGCCCCUGACGCAGCAGGUCUGGUAUCAUGGUGCCAUCCCACGUAUGGAGGUGCAGGAGCUGCUGAAAAAUGAUGGAGACUUUCUGGUUCGAGAAAGUCAGGGAAAACAGGAAUAUGUGCUUUCUGUGCACUGGGGCGGUCAGUGCCGACACUUCCUCAUUCAGAGUACAGACGGAGUGUAUCGUCUGGACGGUGAGGGAUUCAUCUCUGUCCCGCUGCUAGUGAAUCAUCUCUUUAAUUCCCAUCAAACGGUCACAAAGAGGACAGAGAUUGUACUGAAGAAACCCAUCCCGAAGGAUAAGUGGGUCUUGGAACAUGAUGAUGUCAUUCUUGGACAGAGCAUUGGUCGAGGUAACUUUGGUGAAGUGUUCAGCGGCCGCCUGCGCUCAGACAACACUCCAGUGGCUGUGAAAGCCUGCAGAGAAAACCUGCCUGCAGAACACAAGAACAAGUUCCUCAUGGAGGCCAGGAUCCUGAAACAGUACGACCAUCCAAACAUAGUGAAGCUUAUCGGCGUCUGCACUCAAAAACAGCCUAUUUACAUCAUCAUGGAGCUGGUGCAAGGAGGAGACUUUCUGACGUUUCUGCGCACAGAAGGCCACAACCUGAAGUCCAGCAUGUUGAUCAGGAUGGCAGAGAACGUGGCGUCAGGCUUGGCGUAUCUGGAAAGCAAAAAGUGCAUUCACCGAGAUGUAGCGGCCCGUAACUGUCUUGUCGGAGAGGAGAGUGUGGUGAAGAUCAGUGAUUUCGGGAUGUCCCGUGAGGAGCAGGAUGGCGUUUAUUCUGCUACUGGAGGAAUGAAGCAGAUCCCAGUCAAGUGGACAGCACCAGAGGCCCUCAACUAUGGGCGGUACACCACAGAAAGUGACGUCUGGAGUUUUGGAGUGCUGCUUUGGGAGACAUUUUCCAGAGGAGUCACGCCAUACACCAUCCCAACUGUCAUGAGCAACCAGCAGACCAGAGACGAGGUGGAGAGAGGAUAUCGGAUGCCGGCCCCAAAUAACUGUCCGGAUGAAAUCUACACCCUCAUGUGUCAGUGCUGGCAGUACGACCCAAGAAAAAGACCCUCAUUUCUCAAACUAAAGGCAGAUCUCGGUGCUUUAUGUCAGUAACACACACACACACUCACACACACUCAGGCUCACAUGUACAGUAAAGGCAGUUUGUGUUUUAUUGAGGCCAAAUCAAGGGAUAUUUUAUUAAUAUUAUUAUUUGUACAUCAUGCAAAUCUACAGUAAGUGUGCACCAUCAGUGCCAUCUUACAGAAAAGAGAUUAUAAUUAAUUAUUACAUCAUUUUAUAAACAUAUUCAGUGUUCUGGAAGCUUGUUUCCUACAAGGCUUUAUUAGAGGUAUUUCAAUGAAGUAUAAAUUAUUAUUGUUUUGCACAUGUGAUCACAUGAAGCUAAGUCUGUACAUACACCUGUUAAUGUAUGAAAGUACUGUGAAUAAAUCUGAUUCGUAAUUAUUGAUA